AUGUUUAAUGAGGAAAAUGAUUUCAUUUUCGAUACUCCGAUCAAAUGGACGAUCAUCGAAAUGAUUUUAAGGAGAAAUUUCGGAAAAUCAAUUAAACUUGGCUCAAAGAGACGAGCCGAGAAAACUGGUGAAGGGGCGGGUCUUGUUUCCUCGCUCUUUACCCUCUUCCUGGACUUGGAAAAAAACGAUUUUGAUCUUCCUGAUCGAUUGCUAUUGAAGGUGGUGUCGGACGAGGAAUGUGCUCAAAAAGCGGCUAUUAUUCAUAACACAGAACAUUUUAUCUACAAAAACGCGAAUCUUUGGGGUUUUGAAGAAACAGCAAAAAUACCAAAAUAUUUUGGUGGUGCUGACUACGAGAAUAAAGACAUUAAUGCUGGCUAUUUUCUUUGUGAAUUCAUCGAAGAGAUCUCAUUUGUCCAAUAUCAUACAAAUAUCUCGGUGAAUGGAGUUGCAGAAGUGGUCAAAGCUUUGGCGAGAAUCAAUGGCUACUUACUCUCAAACGCUGCCCUUCUUGAUCAACUAAAAGCCUUUGAUGCCUCAGCUUUUGGAGCCAAAAACUACAUGAGAGGUGGUUUUGGAAGAGAGAGUUGUUCAAAAAAUCUGCUUACAGUCGCUGAUCGUUAUCCCACUUUAAAAGAAGAUGCUAGAAAAUUGUCGAAUCUUGCAAAAACUUUCGGUGAUGUGACGAAAAUGUGGGAAGAAGCUGGGAAAUAUUGUAAAAUUUCGUUACUAUGUCACUGGGAUUGUCAUUUGGGAAAUGUUUUGUGGAGGAGAAAUGGGGAAACGAAUGAUUAUGAGAUGUUGAAAAUUAUUGAUUGGCAGACAGCUCACCUCAAUAAUCCCCUCAUCGAUCUGUGUCGUAUCACUCUCACCGCACUUUCCCCCGAUGAUUUUCAAAAGGAAUUGGAAAGCUUGUUGAAUUUGUACUACAAAACACUAAUUGAGCAUUCAAAAGGAGCUCUGAAAUUACCAUGGGAAAAUUUUGAGGAAAUGAAAACGGCUUUCGAACACGUGUUUCCCUUGAAAGUCGUUCUACUCGGCAGUCUUCUCGGAAUGGAAUUCUUUGUUGAAAAGAUCAUCUCUCCAUUGCCAGAAUCCGAAAAGCCAGCCGCUCGAGUCUCUUGCGAAGCGAAACUUCACUCGUACAUCCAUCAAGCUGCACGAUAUGCCGAAAAGUGGUAUUCAGAGUAUUUA